AUGUACAAUGUACAUACACUUCAAUAAAGUCCGUCCGGAAUUCAACCUCAAAUCAUACAUCACACAGUUUGUGAACAUUAUUUUCAGAAUGAACAUUAACAUUUUCGCUUUAAUUAUUUCGUUGAUUUUAUGUUCGAAUUCGAUUCCAAUUGUCGAGUGUGAUUUUCAAAGUCCAAUUUAUGGUUCCAACCAUGCAAGCAUCAUAGUCGGAUUGAAUCAGUUACUCGCGAAUCUUCAUCAAUUCGUUCCUGCAAACAGACAACUAUCUGGAGCAACAAUAUUCGCUGGAUCUAUUCCUCAUGGUUCAAUACAUACACCAUCGCCACAGUUGCCAGUAGCGAAAGAGACUAAAACACCAGAUGCAACCACUGAUGGUACUGAGGACGGCUAAGUCACGUUUCUGGGGCGGAGCAACACAUAUUAAAUGUUAUCUGUUUACUUACCGAGCUCUCCUUCAAACAUAACAUUUUUAAUUAAAAAUAAUUUAAAUUUUUAAUUGUGUAUCGACACUUAUUUUAUCUAUAAAAGACCCAUGAAACCUGA